CAUAACAAGAGAAAUUCACAGAAGAGCAAACGCACUUCCACUACCAUCAUGGCAACCUCUGCUAAUCAACCAUUGUUAGACUCUCCCAAGAGAAAACUCUCUCUCUGCAAAUCUCUCUCUUUGGUUCUCUCUCUAGUUGCCAUCAUAACCCCAAUCACCAUAUUCACCACCAAGUUCUUCAAUGAAACCUCUUCUCUCUCAUCGACCCUUUGUGAUCGGGCUCUUGAUCGGGCCUCAUGCUCCGCCAUGGUAUCAGAACUUGCUCCACCUGAAGCUUUGAUGCAAAUGAACGGUCCUGAUUUAUUGCAGGCCUUCUUGAAGAAGUCUGCGUCAGGCAUAAGAAAAUCUAUGGUGACGGCAAGUGAUAUCAGCCGUCGGAUCAACGACCCGAGAGAGCAAGGGGCUCUAGCAGAUUGCCUGGAGUUGAUGGAGCUGUCAAUGGAUAGAGUGAUGGACUCUAUGGUGGCAAUUGAGAAAAGGACAGCCGAGUCACAUUCGGAUGCCCAUUCAUGGCUCAGUAGUGUUCUCACCAACCAUGUUACUUGCCUAGACGGGUUAACCGGGUCGGUCCGUUCCAUGAUGGAGCCUGAGCUCGAAGACAUGGUGGCAAGAGCUAGAGCUUCCUUAGCCAUGGUGGUUGCAGAAUCACCACUGGAAGAUGAUCAGGUCUCAAAUAAGUUUGAGUCGUCUUUCUUCCUCCGGGGGCUUAACGGGGAUUUUCCACGGUGGGUGACCGCCAGCGACUGGAAGCUUUUGGAGAUGGCGCCGAAGAAUGUGAAAGCCGAUGUGGUGGUGGCGGCGGACGGGAGUGGGAAGUAUAAGACAGUGAAAGAAGCAGUGGCAGCUGCACCAACUAAUAGCAAGACUCGGUAUGUUAUCUAUGUGAAGAAGGGAACUUACAAAGAAAAUGUGGAGGUUGGGAAGACUAAAAAGAAUUUAAUGCUUGUUGGUGAUGGCAUGGAUUCCACCAUUAUCACUGGUAGCUUGAAUGUGGUUGAUGGAGCUACAACUUUCAAUUCUGCAACUGUUGCUGCUGUUGGUGAUGGAUUCAUGGCCCAAGAUAUCUGGUUCAAAAACACGGCUGGGGCGGUGAAGCACCAAGCCGUGGCGUUACGUGUUGGAGCCGAUCAAUCCGUCAUAAAUCGUUGUCGGAUUGAUGCCUACCAAGACACUCUCUAUGCUCAUAGUAACCGGCAAUUUUAUAGAGAUAGUUAUAUUACUGGUACAGUGGACUUCAUUUUUGGCAAUGCCGCGGUUGUGCUCCAAAACUGUAAAAUAGUGGCCCGAAAGCCCAUGAGUUCACAAUUCAACGCAGUCACAGCCCAAGGCCGAGAUGACCCAAACCAAAACACAGGGACUUCAAUCCAAAAAUGCAAUGUGAUAGCCAGUUCGGAUCUUGAGCCUGUUAAAGGGUCUAUAAAGUCAUAUUUGGGCCGCCCAUGGAAGGCCUACUCGAGGACUGUUUUCAUGCAGUCAUACAUUGGGAACCAUAUUGACUCUACAGGUUGGUCAGUGUGGAGUGGUGAUAUGUUUUUGAAAACAUUGUACUAUGGUGAGUAUAUAAACAAUGGUCCAGGUGCUGGUACUGGAAAGCGUGUCAAGUGGGCUGGGUAUCACAUCAUCACUAGUGCGGCCGAAGCGACGAAGUUUACUGUGGCUCAAUUGAUACAAGGAGGGUCAUGGUUGAAGUCCACUGGAGUAACUUAUACUGAAGGCUUAUGAAUGAUGCUUUUUUUCAUUUUCUUUUGUUAACUUGUCUGUUUUUUUUUUUUUCCUCGAGUACUAUGGUUCUUGGUUGUAAGAGAUGCCUAGUAUUGUAUGCUACCUUGGAAUAAUUUGUGUCAUCAAUUUACAAGCUUUUGUUUUUGGGUCUAA